AAGAGAGAGGAUUGGGUUGACUAUUGACCUCAAGCGCAGGCUCGCAGCAGAGGUCGAUGAAUUAGACGCACGCCGCAGCCCGCAGCGCAGGACUCCACAGACCGCCACACCGCUCGCUGCUCGCAUCGCCGGACGCUGCAGGAAGGCCCGCAGCUCGCCAGCUCCGCCGCGCGCAUCGACGGAGGCCGCACGCACUGACGCCCCCUUCUGCAAUAAUGCCGCUCCUGCUUGCUUCUUCUCUCGUUUCAGAUUUGCACAAGAAAGCUGCUUGGAAUCACAGGAAAAAGUGCCCAAGUUUGAAUUGACUUUGGAAAAGGCCUGUUGGUUGGAAGAAGUGCUUCAUGAUGUUUAUCUAGUCCUUUUUCCCCUGUUUGAUGAUGAAGCUCAAAGUAGUAUCAUGUGCUUGCAAGAGCAAGAACAUUGUUAAAAUGUGGUGCACCGAUCAAUUAAUUAUUCAACCCCUUCAACUCUCAUGCUUAGUCCAUCAUAGGUAUUUUUCUAGGUGCGCAGAAGUAUAUGCAUUGGGCAUCCUUGCAGUGAGCGGAAUUAGUUUUCCAAAGAGAGGGUCAAGUUUUGUUGUGCAAUCUUUGUUGCAGUUGAAUUUAUUUGACGGGAUUUAUUCUCGUAGUUACACCACAAGUACUGUGGGGAUGGAGAAUGUACCUAUUCAUUGUGGUGCCAAUGAGGCUGCUGAUAAGGUCUACCAGACUAUUGUCAAUUACUCGAAUCCUGACCAUAAAAUGGAGAUAGCCCUUGAUAAUCUAGGUGUAGAACUGAGUACUCCUCUGGUGGUAGAGGUCCUGAACAAGCUUCGAUAUGAGGAGAAAGUAGCAUUUAGGUUCUUCACAUGGGCAGGAAAGCAAGAAAGUUAUAGUCAUGAGCCUCAGGCAUAUAAUGAGAUGAUUGAUGCACUGUCGAGUACAAAGUACAAGGUCAAACAGUUUCGAAUUGUUUGUGAUCUGCUGGACUACAUGAAGAGGAACAGUAAACGCUCUGUUCCUAUUGAGGUGUUGUUAAAAAUUUUGAGGCAAUAUACUGAAAAGCAUUUGACUAAUCUUCACAAAUUUGCAAGGAAGAAAAGAAUAAGGGUGAAGACACAACCUGAAACCUAUGCCUUCAAUUUACUGAUGGAUGCUCUAUGUAAGUGCACUCUUGUUGAGGAUGCUGAAGACAUGUUUAAAAGAGUAAAGAACAAGCUAAAGCCAAAUGCAGAUACUUAUAACAUUUUGUUUUUUGGAUGGUGUAGAGUUAGAAAUCCAACUAGAGGUAUGGCUAUUCUUGAGGACAUGAUAAAUGUGGGGCAUACACCUGAUAAUUUCACCUACAAUACUGCAAUUGAUAGUUUUUGCAAAGUAGGCAUGGUUACAGAGGCCUCCAAACUACUGGAAUUUAUGAAGUUGCAUGGAUCAACCAUGUCUAGUCCAACGGCAAAAACUUACGCCAUUAUGAUUGUGGCUCUUGUCCAAAAUGAUAGAGUUGAAGAAUGUUAUAGUGUUCUUGGAGAUAUGAUACGCAGUGGGUGCCUUCCUGAUGUUUCCACAUACAAGGAUCUGAUUGAAGGUAUGUAUUUGGUUGGAAAGAUUGAGGUUGCUUACAAACUCCUGGAAGAGAUGGGAAGCCAAGGGUAUCCUCCUGAUAUUGUUACUUUCAAUUGUUUCCUCAAGGUCCUGUGUCACAAUAGCGACAGAGAUGAAGCACUUAGACUUUAUCGUAAAAUGAUUGAAGUAGGCUGUGCUCCUAGUGUACAAACAUUCAACAUGCUAAUUGUGAUGUUUUUUAAGCUAAGGGAUGUUGAUGGUGCAUUUGAGACAUGGCAUGAGAUGGAUAGUAUAGGCUGCACGCGGGAUACAGAGACAUAUUGUGUGAUGAUUGAAGGUCUCUUUGGUAGCAAUAAUACUGAAGAUGCAUGUUUGUUGUUGGAAGAAGUGAUGUUUCGGGGAAUCAAACUUCCUUAUCAGAAAUUUGACACAUUUUUAAUGCAACUGUCUGCAAUUGGUAAUCUCCAAGCUAUACAUAAACUCUCAGAGCAUAUGAAGAACUUUUACAACCCAGCUAUGGCAAGGCGAGUUGCGCUGAACCAGAAGCGUAGGAGCACGAGUUUAAGAGGGAAGUAACAGAUUAUUUAUGCUUGAACCAUGGUUCUAAAACUCGCCCAAAUCGGCCGCCUAGGCGCCGGAAAGUCGCUAGGCGUCAAGCUCCCGUGGUGAUUUUCUUGUUUUCGGACCCCAAAUCGCUCUACCGAGUAAUCGGCCGCACAGACCGAGUAAUCGCCCGAUUCCUCCGAAUAGUUACACUUGUUAGUCGGCCAUGGCAUAAAAGACCUGUGCUGUUUUAACUUCCCGAUGAAACAUUGCCCACUUUCCUGGUGAAACCUCAUGUCCUGAUUUGUCUCUUUCUUCUCUUCGGACGGCCAUUGAUGAGGGACGGCUCUCUCUUCACUUCAAAUUCUGGAUGCCCCUUCUUCGUUCUUCAAAUGAUCACUCCAGUGUUUAGGUAAAGAUCUUUUGAAGGUAUUAUUUUAAUCACUUUGUUACUAAGACAGUUUGGAGAAUAUGUGCUGAUUUCUGUUGACACAUAAAACCUAAUUGAGAUAGUUUGAAUGUAAUUAGUAUGGGUGUGUGUGAGAAACGAGACUGCUGAUUAAUCGAGAAAUUGAUAACCUGGUAUUGAAAGGAACUUGAAAUGUAGCUAUGGUGUUCGACAAAAUUCCUCAAAGAAGUAAUGCAAACUUUGACUAGAAAUUUAUUCCAUUUACUUUAUUUUUCUUAAGAAAAGAGUUGAGAGCUAUUAAUAUGUCUAUUUUUUUAUCUUCCGUUCAUGAAUAUAUAUGAUGACUACCUUCUUGAUUGAUAGUAAUGUUAUAGUUUUAGGAAAUUUAAUAGUCUACUUUUCAUUUGUUAAGCAACCUAGACCGAUUUUGGAACUCAUGAGUGUUCUAACAUUUUAGCCUAGAGUUCAGUGUAUUAAUCCUUAAAUGUGAUAGAAGCAGUCUGAAUUGAUUUUGGAAUUCCAUAUGGACAUGGGUUUCCAGCCAGAUGAAGAAGAAGCAUUAUAAUUGCUUAUUUUGCAUCAUAGGUGUGUUUUUUCUUACAAAAGAACCCGUAUAUGCUACUCUUAUGUUAAUAUUGUGCCAAAUUUUGUGAUGUAUUGUUGUGUAGUUUGUAUAAUAAUAUAUGAAAUGGGCUAAGAGUGAGUGGAGUGUACUAAAUUGUAAGCUACAAACCACAAAAUGAUGUUGCAGACUUGCAGGUAUCAAGUGGAUUAAAGAUCAUAUGGUGCACAUUUUGGGAUUCUGUAUUUCUAUGUAUGCUAAUGUGCCUUGUGAAUUGUGAUCAUGUAAUGCACACUGAGAUCCUUAGUAUUAAUGCUCUUGUCCAAUAGUACUACUUUUUGGUAAUAAAGUAGCAGUUGGUUUAAAACUCUAAAAACUCAUUGUGGGGGUUUUGAUUUUUUUUUUUAAAAACAGAGUUUUGAUUGUUGUUGUAAACUGCAGUACUAACUUAAUAAUAAUAUGUUUAAUGUAGUAAUUUG